AGAUAUGGUACUGCUACAAGGUUUGGUGUUUGGUCGUGUUCUAAUGGAAUCGCUAGCACGAAAGGGAGCAGCUCCAACAGCAGCUACUGUACGUCUUUCUCAUCGAAGCCGAACUCAGCGUAGAGGUGGGAUGCAUCGUGGUUUCAAAUAUACAACAAAUCCAUAUGAAAGUAGAGAAUUACUGCAAAGGUUAGAAAGAUGUUCAGUUCGCCAUUUCUCAUCUGAAACGACAACGACGUCAUCAUCGAAAUUGUUGGAAGAGCUUCUCAAGGAUGAAAUUUGGAUUCCAGUUUAUCGUUUUCGUGGGAUCCAUUAUUCUGUUUUGGCUACGAAAAUGAAGCUCGCGUUAACAGUCUCGAGUGUGGCUUUGAUACCAUAUAAAUACUGGCAGUAUCUUGACGAGGCAAUAUCCAUUAACCAUUUCACAUCCAUUUCGGCAUUCGCCACUUUCACAACUUUAGCAUUCAUCGUCUUUUGCAAGUUUUUCAAUGGCUUAAUAGGUGUCAUUUCGAUGAACGAAACAAAUGAAUAUAUACGCGUUGGAUAUUUAUCAUUUUGGGGAAGCAGACGUAAUAAAUACAUGAAAGUAGAUGAUGUGAUACCGCUUAAUGAAUCAAGCACCGGCAUCAGUGGUAAAAUUGUGCGGUUUCGACAAUACUCAUCGAAGGAAAUGCUAAAUCUAUCAUUGCUUAGUGCGGAACUGUUGGAUCAGGAACGGGCCACUAUCCUGUUCGGUGAUACCAGUGUCUUUUCCUCCUCUUUCAACAAAGCGAAAUGAAGCGAUUUCGAAAUUGGAUUAUACCUACUUAUCAAACUAUUUAAAACUGUGUUUCUGGCCAUAUGGAACGAACCGUAUAACAAGCAUCUUUUCUGGCGAACUGAUUUAAUGACCUUUUCAUUCUGGAUAUUUCUUCCUGUUCGAUUACGUGUUAAUCCAGAUCUCUAUAUAGACAUUUGAAUUGUGGAUUUCCUUGUGUUUCGCCUAUACAUUUGUAGUAUUACCCUUCAUAGUUAAUGAAUCUCCACCGUACCAACUCAAAAAUUAUCUAUAUCACAUUGCAACAAUACAUCAAAGC